GAGAGAGGAGAGAGAGAGAGAGAGAGAGCGAGCGAGCGCACGCGAAAUUAACCGGAGGCCCGGGCGGACGAAGCCUCAGCCGAUCGAAUCACCCACCACCGCCAUGGAAGAAGAGACCCUGCGCGGGAAGGCACCGGCGGCAGCGGGGGGACCCAAGCGGCCGUCCCCGUCCCCGGCGCGGUUCACGCCGCUGGAGCUCGCGGCGGCCGAGCAGCUCAUCCACCUCAGCGAGAGCAGCUCCUCCGGCGCCGCCUUCACCCCGCGCGGAGGAGGGCCGGGGCCCGCCUCCGCCGCCGCGUCGGCGUCCUCCUCCUCGUCCCCGCGCUCCGUGAACGCGCCCGCGGCCCCCGAGCCUCCUCGCGCCCUCGUCGCGGCGGGGGACGACGAGGACGAGCAGGAGGUGGGCGCGUUGCGGCGCAGGAACAAGCGGUACCGUCCGAUAGCGGAGAUCUACGCGGCCACGGUGCCGAAGCCGAUCGGGGCGCGCGGCGGCAGGAAGGACAGGCCCAGGCCGGCCGGCGCCGCGAAGGAGCUAGCGCCGAGGAAGUAGAGAGAGAGAGAGAGAGAGGACUUGAUUGUAAUUAUGGAUAAUUAGCAGGGACUAGCUACAUAUAGAAAGGUUUGAGCUUGAUUUAACUAGGCUACUGGCUAGCCUGGGCUAAUGAACUUUCUGAUCAUCCUCUCUCUAGGAGAGAGGAUGCAGAUCAUUAGGAGCUGGAUUAAUUGUAAAUUGAAGUAUUGUAUCCCCAAUAAUAAUACCAGCAGUUUUCUCCAAAAU